AAAGCGAGGGCGGAGGGAAGGAACUGCCAACGCGAACGCACAGAGACCAAAGGACUAGGGAGCGCCUGGCCCUCGCUCGCCCCCCACACAGGACCACUCCCAGCCCCGAGCGCGGCUGCUCCAGCGACGACGAGAUCAACGUGGUGGACUCCCCGCCCCCCCCGCCCCACUACGCCGCAGCCUACUACCAGCACCUGGACGACGACGUCCCGCUCGACAUGACCACCAAGCGGCGCUCGCCUCCGCCCGCCCACUCGCCCCACCAUGCCCCCACCUCCAACUCCCCUUCACCCCCUCCUUACCACCCCCGCCCCACCUACCUCCCUGCCCCUGCCCGCGCCCGACCCACGGUCAUCACCUGCGUCCCUCCGCGGUAUAUCUCGGCCCACGACCUCCCCCCAGCCGAGCCCGCCCACCUGCAACACCACAGCCACAGGGACUUGCCGCCCGCGUACUCGGAGAGGCCGCUGCCGCCCCCAUACAGUGUGGCGACCGCCCACCUCAGCCAGCAGCGCGCCCUGAGUGCGCGAGAGGCCAGCCCUGCCCAUCCGCGCCCUCUGCCUCCGCCACGGCCCUCCAGUCCCGCCCACAGGGACGCCUCUCGCCCAGAAGAGCCGCCUGCCGUCCGAAGACAAGUCGUUCAAGCCGGCCCGGUGGACCCGGAGAUCGACGAGCACUUCCGACGCAGUCUUGGGAAGGACUACCAGCAACUGUUUGCGGCCACGCCCCCUACACCUGCGCCGUCUACAGAUUCAGUCGACGACCACUUCGCCAAGGCCUUGGGGGAGACGUGGGUGAAGCUGCAGGCGGAGCGGCGAGACUCGACGGCCAGCAGCAGCAGCAACAGCAGCAUCACUGGGAGCAGCAGCACCUCGUCCGUUGGCGUAGGCGGCGGCGGGGCGGCGGCGAGUAGUGUGAGCCCCGCGCGAGCGUCCCCGCCGCCCGUGCCGCGCCUUAUCUCAACGUGAGCAUCCUAUACGCGGCCGCAGCCUCCGAGGCGGCGACUUUCUACUUACUUUCUUGACUUUGGCUAGUUGGGUUUUCCUCCAUCUCUCCCCUGUCGCCGUGGAUGUGUCACGCCCGUCCUAAGGCCUCUCGGGAUCUGAGCGCGCCGCUGGAUGCAGGACGCCGUGGAUCCAUGCCGCCAGAACGUACUUAUGACGUCAAGAACCCCGCAUCAGACGUCGCUACACCAUUCUGUCGUAACGCGUUUCUCAUGGUACCGACCGCACGCCGUCGUAACGUACACCGUCGCUCAGUCUUCGAUCUCCACGCCACUGCAGUGCGUUCCCUUCGCCCUGUCGCCUCCUCCUACCUCACACAUGCGCUCCUCACCUGCCGCCCACUGACGCAUUGUUUCCCGCCCAUGAUGCGGGUCGGGCAGGGGAGUGUCAAGGACAGCGCGGCCGCCGCCUGCACCGACGCCGCUGGAGGGAUUCGGCGCAGCAGGGGCCUGGGACGAUGCAGGCAGCCCGGGGGAAGGGGAGCGUCAUUGGCGGAAGUCUGCACCAGGAGUCGGUGAACUGCAAUUCAAAGGGCCUCUGUGUCUCACCCUCACUGGGGAGCUCCGUUGCAGCCUCUCUGCUCUGAGAGUUACACAUUGAUACACUUUUGUUAUUAAUGUUUUAAGAAUCUCCAGUAAAGUUGCUGUUAGUCUAUAGUGAUGAAAUGUUGUGAGUUACUGCAUUUUGACAUUGAUUAUGUAUCUAUUGUAUAUAUAUGUAAACAUUUUGUACAUAUAUUAUGUAUAUAUUGCGGUGUAUAAAAUACCUGUGAUCAAAAUGCUAUUGUUGUUUGUUGAUAAUAUUUUGAUUAGGACAGAGCUGUUAUAGUUACUUUGGAUAGACGUUUUUAGUAGGUUUAUCGCUACAGUUUGGCCUGAGAAAGAGAAUUGUAUACAAUCGUCUGCAGCUUCAAGGGCAUUAAGCGAACGGUCUCUUCGCAUUACGAAGCCAACGCAAAAGAGGCUUUUGACAUAAUUGAUGGUGAUGUCACAAUUCAUUAUAUAGUGAGUUCUUGACUUUAUGAAAUGUUGGAACGUAAGAGGUACCUUCCAAAAAGUUCGAAAGAAUCUUAGACAUUUGUCAUACAGAAUUCAUGUUCUAAGCGGAAAAAAAUACAUUGUAACGGUAGUUAUUUGCAUUGUUUAUUCUCCUGAUUAGCCCUUUUUAGCAUAUGUAGCAAGUAUUAUUGCUAAAGGAUUAGCAGAUGAAUAUUGAUUGUCACUAAAGCUUUGUAUCCACAAUGACAAAUUUUGGUUAGAGUAGUCUUUCCAUCAUCAAUGAAUUGUUUGUCUUUGGAGAAUGAACAGAAUCAUCCCAAGAAGGAUUCAGGGAUUUUAGGCCCAACUGCAGUGUCACAUUUACUCGGCUCUUCGGCCAACUGCUCUCAGUUUAUAUAUAUAUAUAUGUAUAUGUAUAUAUAUGAUCUCAUUUCUUAUGUACUCUUAAGUGCUUUUAAUGAUUUAAUAUGUAUUUUAGAAGAGAAAGGCAGUUUUAUAAUAUCAAUCCAGUAACCUUUCAUUAAGUAUUUGUACUACAUACAACAACUUACGUAAUACGAUAACUAUUCCCAUAACGUACAGUAUUUUUCUUUCUUUCUGCAACACCUAUAGUAAUAAUAUAUAAAUUCUGUAUUUUUAUAUAAACCACCUGAAACUUGAAACUUAGUUUGAUGUUUUGAAGAUUAUUCUUAUUGCUUGAUGUUCUUGAAACGUUGAUACAAGAAAUCAGGAAUUUAAUCAUUAUUUUCGCCACCACCCUUUUCACCACCCAUGUGUCGUCAUAACAUCUUGAAUGAGUAUUAGUAGCAGUGUUGUUUUGAAUGAUUAUUUACGACAUAUGUUUGUACCAGUGCUAAAAGUGUGUGUGUGUGUGUGCGCGUGUGUGGGUGCUUGCGUUCGUGUGUGUGAGUGUGGGGUAGCGUUUACCCAAACUUAAAGUUUUAUAUGUAUUUAUUUUUACUGGGUUUCCAGAGAUCCCUUUAUUUAAAACUCAUUAAGCCUUUUUACACAAACGCAUAGAUCAAUAUUUUUUCUACACCAUGUCAUUAAAUGUUGUCAUACAGUAGGCUGUCAUUUGUUUCCAGUAUGUAUCGCUACUCCAUAAAUAAAUUAUUUACUUUUUAA